UGGAGGGAGGAUGAUCAAACCGGAUAGGGGAAGAUAAAGGCUUUGGGGCGGGCCAGAGGGCGAGGAGGGGCGGAGAGGGAGCGAGGAGGGCGGGGCGUCCGACCCCCAAUCUCGUGGCCGUCGCCAGCCCUGCCCCGCCCCGCCGGAUUCGAUCCGAACCCGCUGAACGCUGACCGAGGCGCAGGCUGGAGCAGCCCCCCGGCCGCAGCACCCCACGGGCGGCUCCACCGUCUCCGCGGCGCGCGCGAUGCUGCGGGAUUGGAACGCAGGUCUCUCCUUCUGAUGAAAAGAGAAAAGAAGAAUGGACUACAGUCACCAAACUUCCCUCGUCCCAUGUGGAAAAGAUAAAUACAUUUCCAAGAAUGAGCUUCUCCUGCAUCUGAAGACCUACAACCUGUACUAUGAAGGCCAGAAUUUGCAGCUCCGACACCGUGAGGAAGAAGAUGAGUUCAUCGUGGAGGGGCUGCUGAACAUCUCCUGGGGGCUGCGCCGGCCCAUCCGUCUGCAGAUGCAGGAUGACAACGAGCGCAUUCGCCCCCCUCCCUCCUCUUCCUCCUGGCACUCUGGCUGUAACUUGGGGGCUCAGGGCACCGUCCUGAAGCCCAUCACCAUGCCCGACAUUCAGAUCACAGAGGUGGAUGCUCCGGCUGAGAGUGACCAGAUGUCAAGCCCCACAGACUCCAGGGACCUGAAGCCCGUGCAGGAAGACACCCCGCAGCUGAUGCGCACACGCAGUGAUGUUGGGGUGCGUCGCCGCGGCAAUGUGAGGACAACCAGCGACCAGCGGCGAAUCAGACGCCACCGCUUCUCCAUUAAUGGCCAUUUCUACAACCACAAGACGUCGGUGUUCACCCCGGCCUAUGGCUCCGUCACCAACGUCCGCAUCAACAGCACCAUGACCACCCCGCAGGUCCUGAAGCUGCUGCUCAACAAAUUUAAGAUUGAGAAUUCGGCGGAGGAGUUUGCUUUGUACGUGGUCCAUACCAGCGGUGAAAAACAGAAGCUGAAGAACACCGAUUACCCGCUGAUUGCCCGGAUCCUCCAGGGCCCGUGUGAGCAGGUCUCCAAAGUGUUCCUUAUGGAGAAGGAUCAGGUGGAGGAAGUCACCUAUGAUGUGGCCCAGUACAUAAAGUUCGAGAUGCCUGUCCUUAAAAGCUUCAUUCAGAAGCUCCAAGAGGAGGAAGAUCGGGAAGUAAAGAAGCUGAUGCGCAAGUACACCGUGCUCCGGCUAAUGAUUCGGCAGAGGCUGGAGGAGAUAGCUGAGACCCCAGAAACAAUCUGAGCCACAGAAGGAGGGGAUCCAGACACCACAAUGGCCGCUGAUGACAGGAGAAGACCCACCGGAAGCUGGGUGCCUUCUUUCCACAGAAGCACUUAAAACCUUCUCCAGCUCCUGACAAGCCACCAUGGGCUGCCUGGACGGAGAAGCCAGCUGACAGCUCCCCAUCCUUGGAUCUCUGCUCUUCUCCUUUCCUUCAUUCACAAGGACUUUUGAUUUUUGUUAUAAGGGGGACACAAAAUGUGUGUGUGUGCACACACACGUCCGCACACAUAUACAUGUCCACGUGCCUACCUGAUAUAGUCACAUGCAAUUAAAUUCCAAGCAACCAGCACAAGUGCCAUGAGGCUGGCGGAUGCGCUGCUCGUGGUCGGGAACAUCAGGGGAGUCACCAAUCUGAGGGGUUUUAUGCUGAAGAAAAAUUUCUCCCCUCAAGUGCCUGGGAGCAGCCACAUAUAUCUGCCCAUCUUUAGAAAGGGAAGGGGCCUCAGAAAGCUCACAGUUGGGGUAUUUUUAUAUGAGUCGGGAUUCUCCCUGUAAGCCUAGAAGGGUCUGUGAAUGUGAGAUCCUUGGAAAUUAACAAAAUCACAGCCCAUGCACUUGGGGCAGGUCUGAUGGGAAGAGAAAGAUAAACCAUCAGUGGGGUAGCUGCAAUAAGCCCACAAGUUUUUACACUGGAAACUUGGAUUUUAAAUGACAAAGAUGUAGGUGAUGAACUACGUGGAUGCCUGUAGAGAACGGAUUCUGCCUCCGUCCUUGCCUCCAUGGCCACCUUCCUCUCAGCACGCCAAGCUGCUGACCCCAGCUCUGGUGCCUCCUUGAGUUGAAGGAAGGAUCUCGUGAGACAGGCCUCACUCUCGCUGGUUUGCACGUGGCACUGACCGGCUAGUGCGACCCAGGCCUGGGCUUGAUCUGGCCUCCUUAGGGUAGUGUAGAGGUGCCUAUGAGCCCAGCCCAUUUCACAUCGUCAAGGGGGCUUGCUGCACUUCUGUGUGCUUGAAGUCAAGGCUUUAUUCCUCCCAAGGCUGGAUUCUUGCAAGUUGCCCGUGCUUUGUGAAGAUGGACUCCCAAGGACGAGGACUUGUCCUGCUGCCGACCCACUGUGGGGUCCAGGGAAGCUCUUCGGGCUGCCCUGUGAAGGUGCAGAGCGAGCAUGGAUCUUCAAGUCUCUGAGCAGCCACCUCGGUGACCUUUAGAGCAGACCCCAACUGGGGGAGGAGGGGGACGGCAGGGACAGUCUGUCCCCUGUGGCCCCCAUCGGGAAGAUUGCCAGGCAGCUGGACGCCAGUGUGACUGAUGCUGUUUGAUGAGGGCCAGACAGAUGCUUGGAGGAGGGUGCCUGGCUGUGGAGAUCACCCAAGCAAGGCCAGGAGCUCCUGAUAGCAGGCAUCGGUGAGCCCUGUGCGGGUAGGGACACUUCCCAUCUCUCCACCUCCUCUCCAGGAAUGGUUUGAAGAGCUGGCCAGUUGAGGAAAGGAGAACCACGGGUCGGUACCUAUAAGGAAGGCGGAGCUUUGCAGCAGCGCCUUUCCUGCUCCAGGCACCCUCCUGCUCUCUUCCUCUCCUGCGGCCUUCGUGGCCGCUUUAGAUGGCUCACAGCUGGUCUGAUUGUUGACUUUCAAAAAGAUGGCAUGCUGCCACCUGGCCCUUUGCCAGGGUCUCUGAGCAAGCCUCCCUCCUCUGUUGGGACAGCACCGCGAGCCCAGUGGGGUGUGGACUGGAAAUCCGGAGGGCCUCAGUCUCAAUCAGACACGUCGGUGGGCUUUGCAACACGCACAGAGUUGGGGAAAUGGGGUGGAGGGGAGGCUUCCUUUGUUACCGAUGAGAAAGGGCAGUUUUGUGAAUGCAAACAUACUUCCUGAGUUUUGCAUUUGAGAAAAUGAGUUGGAAAAUUCCUCUUCCAGUUAUUUUGAAGUGCUCAAAGCCUUUGUGGGCCCCAAUGAUUCUUCCUGGGGGCCAGGGAGAAGAAUUUCCACCAAGCGAAUACUAACCACUAACUUAUUGGACAGCUUUUUUCUGGGUUAUAAAAGUUCUCUUUAAUUUGCACUAGCACUACGAUGGUGUUCAAGGUGGAAAUGUUGUAAAAUGCCAGGUUUGCCAGGUCACAUUGUAAGAAAGUGGCGAGAUAGACUUGGGCGUCGGGAUGAAUAUGAGGGGAAACUGUUAUUUUACACAAUGCAUUCCAUUUAAUGCAGGCCACACAUUUCCAUCUUGGCCCACCCUGGUUAGAGAUCAUUUCUCACGUCCUGAAUAAACACGAUCAGGAAUUCUGGAAAGGUUCUUUGAAACAGCAGCAGCUGAAACAAAUACUUCUCCACAGCGUGGAGCUGGAUUUUCUCAUCGGUAUCACAUGGCCCUGCAGCUUUGAACUUCUCCACUGAUCUGUGUGGGUUUAUGUAACUGCGUGCAAUGAACCUGAAAUCGUGUGAAGAACAAAGGCCAAUUUAUAGGGUUUUCCCCUAACUUGUGAAAAGCAGGAUAGCCACAACUGCUUUCUUUUGCCAGAGGCUUGUGUUACAAGGUGAUCAAGUGAAGAAAAACCUGAGUCCAUCUGGCUGGGAAGGGGGUCCCGCUCCCCCAGGUGAUGGUGGAGUCUAGCACAAGGUCACCUUCUCUGUGACCACAUUAGUGGGAAGGUGAUGAGUG